AUGGCCGCCUUCGUGCGAGUGUCGGGCCCGCCGAAUGGCAAUUUUUUGAUCGGCUACCCCGGUAUAUCAGCGACAAUGCCACGUAUCGAGGGCAAGGUCGAGAUCAGGCCCAGCGUCGGCAUUACAGCCCCCGUCAAUGUGUCCCUUGUCACCAUAUCCCUCCAUCGCCGCGAGACAAUACAUCCCUCCGCCGAUUCUGUGACCAAGAAACACCUUGCGCCUCCUAGGAAAGAGAUUACCGAUAUUGUGGGCAAGGAGAUGCUCCUCUUCCGCUGCCCGGCCGGCCGAGAAUAUGAGGAAGUGAUAUCGAUGGACUUGCCAUUUGUCCUUUUCAUUCCAUUUGGGCGCGGUGGGCCGGAUGCCUCGAGGAGAGUUCCUCCAUCCAGCCUGCAGCUUCCCAGUCGCACUGCGGAAACGUUCUACGAGAUAGUGGUCAUGGUUCAGCAAGGACACUCGGACCAGAGGAAAUACACAUUCCCAGUACCCAUAUCACGAUACGACACUCUAUCCACAUUCGGAAUGUACAAUCGCCCCGAGUCAGCAGAAAGGGUAUCGGACCACCUAGUCACCUUGGGAAUAUCGUUGCCACGGUGGUCUUACGGCCCUCUUGAUCCUGUGAGCGUUUAUGUCAAACUAUCACCCAACCUCGACUGGAUUGGAAAAGCCCGAAAAGUCACGAUAAGCAAAAUAACAAUCGGGAUUGACGAGGAGAUUAUCUACAACCACGAGGGCGAUGAGCCACAGCGAAAAGUGAGAACCUUGACGAAGAGGACGGAAUCCAUUGGGGUCAAACUACCUCCCACGGGCUUUUUGACUCAUCUGGGCCUGGUCUUUCCGGCCAAAGAUCUGCGAGACUCGAAAGGCAUUCUCCCCAGAAGUGACGCGGCUUUUCCGACCUACGCAGUGAGCGGGUUCACGACUACUGCGAGCCUUUAUAAGAUCGAAUAUUAUUUAACAGUAAAGGCCCACUUGACUUCUGCAAGGGAUAUUGUCAUUCGACAACCGAUAGUUGUCUGUCCACUGGAUCAUGCGGGGUGCAAAGAGGAGAUGGAAGCUAUCGAACAGGCUGCUCGGGAAGCAGUUCAUGUAAAUCCGGAUAACCCCAUGCUACCCCUUCCUUCUAUCGUGCGACCCAGCGACCCCAACUCUCUUCGUCACCUGGGUGUGGCUAUUGUCGGUAACCAAAAGAAGCCUCUGAUAGACUGA